AUGCCUCCGGUAUUGCAAACGCAUAAGAACCGUCAAAUUCGACGUACUGAUCCGAAUACACGAACUUUAUUAUCUACUGCACCGAUAUUCGAACCAACAAAUACCACCAACACAAGUCAAAUACAACCACUACAACUUUUUGAAUAUCCACCAAUAGCCCCUUCUUGGAAUGCUGCUGCCGCAGAUACCCAGGAUAUUAUUAUUCGUGGACAGCAGACAAAUAGAGUUGAGGAACAACAAAAGCAACUUUUACCAAGCUCUCCUUUUACACCUAUAAUACAAAACGGAAUGGAGAUUGACCCUGAACUUAUAAACUACGACGCUCAACAACUAGGUGGUGACCAUAAUAAUUUCAUACAACCACAAAUUAAUUCUAAUUUUCUUCAAGAAACCGUAUCAGAGCGCAAUUUUACUUCGCCUCAUUUACCUGAUUCAAAUAUAAUUCCAAAUCCCUCUCCAGAAAUUGAUCAUCUGCAACAAUGUCCGCCUUCCACCUCCCUGUCUUCUGCUUCCCCUCCUUUAUUAGAGUCUGAUAAUUUAGAUGUCGAUCACGAUGAUGCUUUUGUCAGAAAAACUGCGGAACAGCCUCGUGCAAGAUCAAAGUCAAAAACUAGCACCAGAAAGACUCCUAAACGGGCAACUAUCGCACGAAAGAAGAACGAUUAUAGUCCUCAAUCGCAAUCAAGAAAGUCAAUAGUCGAAGACAAAAAGACUUCUAAUCCCGUACUAUCAAAGAAAAGAGGAUUAGAAUUAGCAGAACAAGAUGAAACGGAAGAAGACACAACGACAGUAAUGAGUCCUGCAAAAGUUGAGAAUGAACAUUCGAUUCCAUCCUUAUCUGAUACCAAGAAAACACCAAUACGUAGAUCUACAAAGAAGCAAAGAAACAAUCAAACUUCCCAUAGCAAUGGCUCGAGAACCACUAGUUCAACUAUUAAUUCAAAAGACAACGAUACAACAAUAAACCUUCCAGCGUCAACUUCAUUAACGUCGCAUUCCAAAACAAAAUCUCCUGAAAAAUCCCCAUUAUUAAAGAAUUCCUUAUCUCUAUCACCUCCUUUAAUCACACAAUCCACGGCAAUUAUUACUCCUGAGCAAGAUCUACGUGCUUAUCUGUCAUCAAUACCUCUUCCGCCAAGAGCAGUCACUCACCUGGAAAUGUUACGUAUUGGGACAUUUUUAUUCGAUCAACUUUUAUCACGUGCAUUCUCUCGUCCGUUUGUUAAUCCAGAGGCAGAAGAUGCAUUGGUCUAUCGAAGUAUGAUAAAAGAUCUUAUGGAUCUGACAACGGCUGAACAAAAACUUUGGGCUCGAAAAUACGCAACUCCAAAUGAGCUAUAUGUAGAUAUUUGUCAGAUAAUGUUUAAUGCUUAUGCAUUUCAUCGUGAAAAAGAUGUUAUUUAUGAGGAAGCUAAACAAAUGGCCAUUAGUUUUAAACAAUUAGUUUCAAGAAUAAGUAAUUAUCUGUUCGGCUGUGCAACUCGCUCCGAUCCAAUAGUUCCAGAUCAAGUUCGUUUGCCACACGAGGAUUUCAAACUAUCCAAAGUGAAAGCACACACCGGAAGUCGUCUUUAUAUCAUGCCAAUGAUGACUUAUGAAGAGAACAAAAAAGCAAGUCAUGGCUUAACUCAAGCAGCUGCUGAAAGAUUCGAUCCUUUAAGUAGACCACUUAUGGAACUCUUUAAUGUAAAAAAAUUACCCCCGAUGAGAUUUGAACCAUCUCAACAAACUCGGAAUUUCGCUAGAAUGUAUGUUUCAAGUGGUCGCACAGCUAUCGAAAGGUGUCGAGAUGAUCCUGAUUCACUGCUAAUUAUUUUAUUCUCGGUUGUUUGGCACAAACCAACAAAUGUUGUACGCUGUAAAGCUCUGAUAGCAAAACCAUUUGGGCGACGACAUGAUUUGGAUACUUUGGACUUUCCCGAGCUUGCUGAUGCUAGAUCUUGGAUACGAGUCGCUGUUUUAGAUCGAACAGAACUCAAUUUAGAAUUAUCAUCAAAAUUUUAUCAUACAUGUUUAAGGACACCAUAUAGUGUCUCUUUAUACGAUAAGAAAUUUGUCUCGGCUGAAAGUCAUGAAAACUUUAUUAAUGCCCUUAAUCUACCCCGUUACAACCCUUCAUCGAGUGGACCAAACAAUAUCUGGCAAAAUUUAUGCCUUGAAGCGGAAGCUCAUGAUGUCCCAUUUGAAAGCAUGACAUCAAUUGGAGACUCGAUAAAUAUAGAAGCCGAGGGUUUUUUCAAACGUGUUUUUCAUAUUCAAGACGAUUCUAGCAUUGUAAUCCAAAAUUUCAAAGAAAUCAACGAAAAUACACUUAGCACAAGAAUUGUUGAGACAGUGUGCUGUCUUAAAACCAAAGGUCUGGAAAAUACAGGUCAAAUCAUAUCAAUAUAUAAAGGCGCUGAAGAAGAAUUGGUGGGAAUAUCAAUGAAAAGAUAUGAACAGACUUUAAAGGAGUAUGCUUUUAAUGCCCGUCGUCUUUUAACGCCUGAUCAAAAAUACAAAUUGAUUCUUGAUAUGGUCAACGGAAUAAAGUCUAUCCACAGUGCUGGUUUCGCUCAUCGGGAUCUAAGUGAAGUUAAUAUGAUGGUCACUGAGCAUCCCGAUGAAAAAUUGAGUGAUGGAAGCGUAAAACCCGAAUUAGUAAUCAUCGAUUUUGGAAAAGCUGUAUUCGUACGAGUUCAGGACGUACGACAAUGGACAAUUGGUGAAGUUUCCGAUGAAACGAUUGAUCUUUUACCAAGAAUUCAAACUGUACCGGAUCACGGAUACAAAUUAUACAGAUCUAUUGCUACAUUGCCUCGUGCCAAGAAUGACAACGAAAUGCUUCCGCAGCCAAUAGAUCCUCUCUCUGAGGACGUAUAUUCUUUGGGAAUCUUAAUUUGGAGGAUAUUCUCAGGCCAAGCUCCUUGGUCUGGUAUUCUCGAUACAGACUUAAAAGAACUACGGUCGAUAGUUUCUGAUCCUACUAAAAUCUUAUUUCACAUUGAUCGGUCAGUACCAGGCGACAUGUCACGACAACUAUUAUUAAGAUGCAUAACGGUAGAUCCUCAAUUGAGAAACACUAGUGAGGAACUGCAUGACUUUAUAACAAGGAAGGAUGUAAAAGAACAAUUAUUAGCCGAAUGGUCAUUGCUUGGUGGUCGUGUAAGAAAGGAGAAAAAAUAUUGA